AUGCCUGUCGGCACAGGAAUUAAGAGGGAAAAGGUCCCUCUCCAGCAGGUUCUGCUGCAGCUCUCCCCGUUUUACUGGCAGGGAGACGCGUCAUGGGCCUGGAACUUCAAGGUUCCGCUCUGGACCGGUUCCGGCGAGAUGGAGGCUUUCUGCGAGCUCUUCUUCGAUAACCUCGCCACCCUUCUCGGCGUGACCGGCGCCGCGAUGGACGUUGGAAGGAUUGGUGGCAUAAACAGCUACAGUGACGCAACGGACCUUUACAAAGCGACCGUCACUGGCGAAUGGACGAGGAUCUACUACGAUUGGAACAUCCCCGCCUGCGGCCUGGCCCUCCUCUUCGGCAACGUCUGGUUCGCGUGGCUCGCCACGCGCCUGGCGACCAAGGAGAACCGCCUCGACGUCACCGCUCAGCCUUACGGCAUGAACACCACCGUGAUCUACAUCACCAUCUACGCCAUCUCCCUGCCCGCUAUCCAAGCCGGCUUUACCAAGUUCAACCCCGGCACCGGCGCGUCGGAUGCGGACUCCAUCGCCAUGGGCAAGAAGGCGGCCGAGUUCGGCUGGAAGGUGUCUGUCGCCACGAACUUCAUCAUUGGCUUCAUGGAAAUUCUCGGUUGCUUCCUCGGUGACCUCAUCCGCAACACCGUCCCCACCGCCGCGGUUUACGUUCCUCUCGCGGGCGUCGGCUUCGUCUGGCUCGCGUUCUCCCCCAUGCUCACCAUCGCUAAGGCUCCCAUGAUGUGCCUCCUGCCGUUCAUGGUGGUCGUCUUCGGUUUCUUCGGCAACGUCCGCUACCCCGUGUACGGAAAAGUGACCUUCCCCAUUGCGCUCAUGGCCAUCCUGCUGUCCGUCAUCUUUGGCUGGGCCGGCGCGUGCAAGCGCAGCACCGAGGUCAUCGGUGGUGCUUACGGCGAUGUUUCCGUUUCCGACUUCUACAACGGAUUCAGGGCCAUUCAGGGAACCGGUGCGUCCGGGACGUGCCAGGGCACCGACGGCAACGCCGCCAAGGCUGCCUGGAAAACCUACGCCUUCAAGGGUGACAUUUUCGGUGGCUUCGGCAGUGGUCUCGCCGGCCUCAGCGAGUCCUCGCUGAUGGAGGAUUUCGCCGCACCCGCGCUUCUCUUCGGUAUGAUCGGUUUCCUCGGCACCAUGACCUGCGUCGAGUCCGCCGAGGCGGCCGGCGACGCGUACCCCAUGUCCGAGAUCAUGAUUGUCGACGGCAUCGGCACAUGCAUGGCGGCCCUCGCCGGCGGCAUGUUCGGUACCACCGUAUACAUUGGCCACCCCGUGCACAAGGCGCUCGGCGCCAAGAUCGGCUACUCCAUCGCCAACGGCGUCCUCUACUUCAUCUUCCUCUCCACCGGCCUGUUCGCGUGCCUCUACAACGUCAUUCCGGAGUGCGCCAACGGUGCCAUCCUGGUCUUUGUCGGUCUGCUCCUCGCCCGCCAGGGCUUUGAGGAGACCCCGGAGCGCCACUACCCCUGCCUCUUGCUCGGUCUCAUGCCGUUCAUCUGCAACUGGGCCUGGCUCGAGUCCGACGGCGCCGCCAGCAAGAACAUGGGCGUUCUCUCGCUCGGACCCUCCGGCGGCAUCGUCCAGGGUAUCAUCCUCGCCGCGCUCACCGCGUGGGCCAUCGACCGCAAGUUCGAGGAGGUCACCGUCUUCUCCAUCAUCGUCGCGUUCUUCUCCCUCUUCGGCAUCGCGUUCUCCCACAAUGAUCUCGUCUACAGUUACGGCGUGUGGGGCGCCGAGCACCAGACCCUCAAGGUGUACGCCGACGGCUCCGGCGUCGACAAGGACACCGGAACACCCGAGGAGGCCUUCAACGGCUGGCGUUGGUGCGUGGCCUUCUUCAUGGUUGCCUUCUUCGCCGCCUGCCACAUCCCCUUCCAGAAGGGCAACAAGUACACCAAGUUCGAGGCGAUCCCCCCCCGCAUCGAAGAUGACGCGGAGGACCCUUACGAUUACUCCGUGCACGCCGCCAAGGCGGCGGAGAUCCCCAAGUAAUCAUCACCGCUCGACGGCGAGGUGAAGUUCAGAAUAAUGUCUCACAACGUUGAGGCUGCCAUUUUUUUCGACUCCGCAAACAGAAGGACUGUUGUACAUAGCCCAAAAGUCCCACCCUUCGCGCCAGGAGCGCGCGCCGCUCGCCGCGUCCCAUGUUGUAAUGGAGAUUAAAGCUGUUGUUCAAA